AUGAUUAAAAUGUUUUCCACCACUAAGGACGAAUUACCCGACCAAUUUGCUAAUUAUCAUAUUAUUAUUCCUUUUUCUAUGGCCGGUGUUCUAAUUGCUAUCAUCAUCGCUUGUAUCAUAUUACUUUUAGUUCUUUUAACUAAAAGAUUACAUACGAUAACACAUCUUUUGAUGUGUAACACAUCUCUAGCAUCGAUAUUGUACUGUAUUGUUCAAUGUAUAAAUUACAUAUAUUUGGCAUUGAUUCCAUGGGAAACACACGAUACUGCCUGCCGAUGGCGAGGAUAUUUUGGCUAUAUGGCAAUUGCAGCGGUAGUUUAUUCCUAUCUAGCUCAAGCGGUCUCACGAUUUUUGAAUUGCAUCAUAUCAGCAAAGUAUCACUGGGCUGUACUCUAUAAGACUCAUCUGAUUCUCAUUUGUAUACAAUGGUUAACCGUUUUAAUAAUUCCUCUACCGACGGUUCUUACCAAAGACAUCUACUAUCGGCCAUAUUCUCUCUGUUGGGUACCUAUCGAAUACACUCUACAUGUAGGCUAUAGUGUGGUUGCCUAUUAUCUUAUACCAGCGAUCUUAAUAUUUAUUAUUUAUAUUUACAUUUAUUUUCGUAUAAAAUAUCUUCACCUCAAUGUCUCGACAACGACAAUACGUGGACGAUUGAAUCGUGAUCUGGAAAUUUUAUACAAUAUCAUUAUUUUAUUUGUAAUCUACACCGUCGGUGCCAUACCAACUCUACUCUACUUAAUAACUGGAAUUCAUGUCUUGUAUGAAAUCGGCAUAGUCUCCUUAACAUUUACGGUGGCAGUCGAGAAAGUAGUGACACUUCUACUUGAUCACGAUAUGAGAAGUAUAAUUAUACUCUAUUUUCGUCGAUCGAUGGUACAGAUUCAAACGGCGACUUGA